UAAGCUGAAAAGGCUUAAUAAAAUAUAAAGUUUGAUUAAAAUAAACUAUCAUUUUAGCUUAUGGACUGAUGGCUUCAUCCAGUAGAUCAACACUUUACGAAAACCUGAAAUUGGUGGAUACGGUCGCUAAGGUGAAAACCACUGUGAAAGAGCUUAGGCGUCAGAAGGAGAUUUCAGUAGAUUGUGAGGGAAACAACUUAAGUCGAGAAGGUACUCUUGAUAUUCUUAUCAUUGGAACUGUCAAUAGGAAAGUAUUCUUGUUUGAUAUUACAAAGAUGGGUGUCAGCGCAUUUGAUGCUGGGCUACGAGAUCUGCUUGAAUCAGGAUGUGACGUCAUGGCGAAGCUGAUGUAUGAUUGUAGGAAUGAUUCUGAUGCGCUCAUGCAUCUUUACGAUGUGAAGUUAGCUGGAGUUUUGGAUCUGCAGUUGGUGGAAAUUGAUAGUAGACGGAAAAGCAAGCAGAAUCAUUGGUUUUUAAAAGGAUUGAAGAAAAGCAUCGAGGUAUAUGAUCACGAUGAAAAGAGUGAACGUACUAAAAAGAACGGGACCGAACAGAUCGAAGAUGCUAAACGUAACGGAACAACUAUUUGGGAUAAACGACCUCUUAGUCCAGAUUUAAAGGACUAUUGUGCUGUUGACACAGUGAAACUGUUUUCACUUCUGAAAGUUUUUCGAAAGAAAAUGGAAAGAGAAAAAAUGUUAGAGGCCUCUGAGCGCUACGUUGACUAUUUUCGAUCUUAUGAAACUUUUCCGGAGACAAAAUUCUACCGUCAUGGAUUUCUUCCAGAUGAAAUUUUGCGAAGCAAUCCAAGGGAUCCAAAAGUACAAUACAAUGAUUGUCAAGGGUGCAAAAAGAAAUUCAAAAGGGCCAGGCUUGAUCUGGUAAAUGCCGGAGAAAAGAAACGUGCGAACUUCUGCAGUUGUUGCUCCCGUAUCAUAACACGAAUCGAAAACCAACCAAUACCAUCGCAAUCUUUUGCAUAAAUACUUUAUGUUCCCGAUCCUUAAAAUGUGUGUUACAAUUAUUAUCAAGGUCCUUAGAAUUGGGAUAUGCCUAUUUUUCUUGAAGAUUAACAAGUCACUAAAGUGAUGAAAACUUUCAAAUAAUUCAUGAGAAUUAGUUAUGUACAUUUUGGUAUCAAAACGGUUUGGAAGACAAAUGUGAUUUUAUGUAUCUUAUUCUUGAUCUGUACAUAUUGAUUUUCAUAUUAUAGUUAUACGAUGAAUGACGUUAUUGCUUUUAAUCGAGUUAUGAUUUAAAUAUAAUCACAAUCAGUGAUUAUAUUUGAUAGGUAACUUUUUUCGCUCUCG